AUGAUAUUCGAGGCCUGUGACCCCACUUCUAGACAAGCUCUUGCCCAAACUUGCCACGAGCUCCGCAAUGCGGGUUGGGACUUCCGACUCCAGAACGUGAAGGUAACUAGCACGCCAUCUUCCCUGGUGAUGGACCUGGCGAUCCUCGAAGAUCAUACGGAAACCGAGAUUGUUCGUACCCAUACUACACUAAACAGUUCUAUACAUAUCGCCAUUACCGUCUCCUCGAGCCAAAGCACGCACUCCCCCGACGGAGCUGAGAUAUAUCGUUUCGGAAUCCCCGGUUUAAUUAGCGCCAUGAUAUCUCUUAUCGGCGAAAUGCAGAGAUUAAAUGAGCUUAAAAUUACUAUUGGAAGUACCGGGCCAGUCUACGAUUUAACUGCUCUCUAUGAAAAUACCAUACACGAAGAGCUUGAGUAUUGGCUUGAUGAUCCAGUGUCUUAUAAUUCACUUACAAUCCGACUGAAAGGGUUCACUUCUUUCAGAGUGAUACAUUUUGCGCGCAUGUUCCCUGAACUGCAGCAUCUAGAGGUCGGAAGCAAUUGCCUUAAGCAAGAUCCUAGCCCUAGUAACUUAGUAAAUCUCCCGCCGCUGAAAAGCCUAGGGAUAUAUAUACAACAGCCCGACAUCGGUGGAGUGGAGACCUUGCGCAAUAUUCACAGUACAUAUCCAUUACUCGAGAAUUUUGUUAUUGAAAAGAUGCCUGAUAUCACCUGGAAUGAAACCGAUGUCAUGUGGGAACUCAGGAACUUUAUGCACUUACGCAAGCUCGAAAUCGCCAAAGACUGGUACUAUGAUCCCGAUGACUAG